AUGGGCCCCGCUACGUUCAUUGCCCUGCUCGCUGCGCUCUUGAUAGGAUCAGAAAAUGUUGAGAGCCAGCGCAGAGUUAUCGGCAGAGAGCCUCCUUCGACCGACGGCUGGCGCCCGGUGGCUGGCAGCACGGAGCAGCCGCGCUACAGCACGCAGGCCGUGGGCCACCCCGUGCUGGACAAGCUGAGGGCGCACCUCGAGGACGCCGAGCGCCGCAAGGUGGCCACCACGCCCACGCCCAGCGUGCUCGCCUCCUUCAGUGCGGUGGGCCCUCGGCGCGACCAGAACGCGGGCUUCUCGGGCCGCCUGGUGCCGCCGCCGCGCGACCAGCCGCCCCCCGCCGCCUUCCCCGAGGACAGCCGCGACCUGUCGGCGGCGCAGCAGACGCACCCCGGGCCCUACUACCUGCACUCGCUGCUGCCGCCCCCGCGCGCCUCCGACUUCCUGCUCGAGGGGCCCGGCGCGGGCUCCGCCUCCUCCUACAUCAGCUUCCCGCCCUUCUCCAGCGACGCGUACUUUGGCGGCAGUAAGCAGCAGGCGACGCAGCAGCUCCAGUUCUUCCCCCAGCAGCCGCAGGCCCAACCGCAGACACAGGCACAGCAGGACGCCUUCAGCAGUCUACCUCAGCGACAGACGUAUUACCAGCAGCAGCAGCAGCAGCAGCCCGUCACCUUCCACGGCAACAUCCGCGACGAGGCGGCCUACCUGAGCGCCUCCUCGCUGGGAGGGCAGGGCCACCGCUUCGAGACGAAGCGGCCGACGGCGUCGCUGGGCAACUACUCCCCGGGCCCCCCGCCGACUACCGUCACUCAGUACCCGCAGCAGGCCGUAGCGCUCUUCCAGCAGCAGGCGUACACGCCGAGCUACGCGGACCAGCCGGUGCACACGUCAGCCAGCGUCGUCGGCUUCACGCUGGGCGUGUCGGACGACCAGGGGACGACCGCGGGGAGUCAAGUGGAGACGCCCGCUCAGCGCCCUCAGCAGUACUUCCAGCUGCAACAGCAGCAGCCGCAGACGUUCCUCCGCGAACAGCCGGGCGCGCAGACCAACUCGCUGCAGCGGCCGGGCGCCGGCGUUCGUCAACCGGACGGUGUGACGGUCGCCGACAAGCCGGGCAGGAAGCGGCGGCCUUCCGCGGGCCAGAAGAAGCCCGCGUACGCCGAGGCCACCGGGGAUGUGCAGGACGCGAGGACGCCGCCCCAGCCUCCACCGCGCCAGCACAGCACGUACGUCCUCCAACAGCAGUACCGACCGGAAACGCAGCAGAAUACACAGCAGCAGAACGCGCUGCCCGUCUCCUGGCCGCCCACGGCACCCCAGCACCACGUCGCUUCCGAACCGACAGCUCCACAACAGAUAUCUACACAGCAAGAAGCGUCGCUGCGACAGAGGCACGAAGGUCGUAGGCGGCCACCGCAGGCUCACCAGCCGGAAGCUUCGACGCAGCAACCCGUCCAGUACCAGGAAGAGGCGGUCCAGCAAGACACGCCUCGUCAGCACGCUAGGAGGCCGCCCCAGAGGCAACAGUUCUCGCCGUCUGCUCGAGGGCCGACGUCUACUCCCCAGCUGGAACAACCCACGGCCGGUGGCGAAUACCGUCCGCAGCGCCGCCGGAGACCUACCCAGACCCGACAGGAGCGCCCGGCAGUCACUGCACCCGGUGAGCAGGACACAGCGCCACAACAAGAAGCAGCUAUCCGUCACCAACAGACGUACUACCAGAAUACGGCGAAUCUGCAGGCCAACGAGGAUGCUGCCACUGCACCAGAUGCUGUGGGCGAGGUUCCCUCGGCACCUUCAGCACCGGCAUCCGCUGAUGGUCAAGUGCCACGUGAACACCUUCGGAGGAGGCCACAAAACAAGCAGAAGUACCAUAUCACCAUGGAUAGCGACAAGCGGACAGUCGGUAGCAACGACUGGGAACAGGCGCAGAACACUGUAAAGCCGACUCGCCCACAUACGAGAAGGCCAGUACAGAAUCAAAACACGCAAGUAGACUUUGCUACGGAGGAGAACUCCGCCACUGGUAGUGGCUACAGUCAGCCACAGCCCACAGCUCCGGAGGGCCGUCCGCAGCAGAGGAGAAGGCCAGUGCGUCCUCAUCACAGAAACCCUCCAGCGUCUUCGCUGUACACAGUCAGUGAGAACUAUCCCCAAACCCAAAGAGACGAAGAAACGUACACGAAUGUCGCUAACAGGCCCGAAGAAACUCCUCAUGAAGAGGCAUCCCCAGUUCCUGCGCAAAACCAGGAAGUUGAACAACAAGUUUUCACUCGGAGACCUUCUAGCAGAUAUUCUACGACUGAGAGUGUUGUCCAGGCAGCGAUAGAGUCCCAAGUCGAAGGGCAAUCGGGCCAACGCACGAGAGUUCGGCAACAGCACGUCUCCCGCAGACCUGUGCAAGGGAGCCAGCAGGAGGAACCGACUACCGUCGCCCAUUACCGGAGGCCCCUCCACCCGUCGAGGAGACCGCAGUACAAGAAGCGCGUUCGUCCGACUAGACCGCAACCGGAAUACGACAGCGAGCCGGCAAGCCAGCAGGAGACGACAAACGACCCCGUCAGUCAGAGCGACAGUUCGGGAGAUUACGUGCAAGACUACAGGCUGGCGGAAUUGAAGAAGGUGCAGAGGCAACGGUACAAACGGCCACAGGCUCAACAAAACUUUGCCGCAGACGUGCCGGCGCGCACUGCGGCCGUUGCCGAUACGGCUUACCAGCUGCAGUCGAGUUCGCCACUGGACGCCGAGGACAAUUAUUACGCCGUGGACCAGCAGACGGCGCCUGCUCCCGCGCAGAAGGUCCGCCAGAGGAUCAACCAACAGGGGGUUAUCCGGGGCAAGACCAAAUACCACAGGGAGCAGCUGACCGAGACAGACACGCCUUUUCCAGAACCGACGGAGCAAGUCUACGUGGAAGAGUUGCCAGUACAGACGGAAUCGGAUUCCGAGAACGAUGUACUGGGAGGCGGAACCGACGAGCGCUUUCCGUCGGCGGUGGAUUACGCCGCAGAAGAGGAAGACUCGGCCUCCGCUGUCAGCGAACCUCCGGCGACGACGACGACGACAUCGACCACGACGAGCACCACCACAACGACGACGACAACGCCGGCACCUUCCACUAGUAGGCCUGCCAGCACCGUGUCCUCCGCUCUGGAGAAGUUGCGUCAGAGAUCAAGGUACAACGCGACGCGACCUCGUUUCAGCGUGCGGGACUUCCAGGAGCGCCUGAACCGGCUGUCCACCAGCACUGCGGCGCCAGAGGCCUCGGCGUCAGAGACCACGGAGGCGGCGACUGCCCCGCGCUUCUCUGGGCGUACGCGUGCCUCUACGGCCGCCCCCGCAGACCUGGAGGCGGCCCGCCCGCGGCCCGCUGCCCGCGACCCCGCCCGCGUCAACAGCGCGCGCUACAGGGCCUCUACUGCCCCCACCUCCACCACGGCUGCCACGCCCUCCACUAGGUACAAGUACAAAAGCCGCUACCGGUCGACGCUGAGCACGUCCACAACCACAGAAGACCCGACAGUAGCGACUACGGUGGCAGCGCCGACGCCGUCGGCCAUCGUCUCGCGGCCUUCGCUGCGCACCAAGGGCAUCUUCUCGGCGGUGCGGCCCAACCCUCUACUGCGUACAGCCACCAGCGUCGCCACCACCACCAGCACGACCACGACGACCACCACCACGACGCCGGCCGCACCGACCACUGUCGCCGCCGCUGCCGACUCAGCCGACGAGACGCCGUCCGCCCCCUCGGCGCCUUCUGCUCCGGGUGUCUUCGGCGUCAGGACUGCGCAGCCGGCCGUCGGCGUGGACGACGAGCAGUCUCAGUCGCUCAGGAUUGCCGAACUGACUCUGGCGGCGGGUCUGCGAGCGCCCAGUAGCGCCGCCGUCACCGCAGCCACUGCCGCCACGACACCCGCGUCGCAGCCGCCUCAGCAGACGACGGACCUGCUGUCGGCCUAUUGGGCGCAGCGGGAGCCUUCGGCGCCGCCUGCCCUCUCAACGCACGCCUCCCCGCACUACUCGGCCGCUGCCGUGGACAAUGAGCACCCCAGCUCUGCCGCCACCCCCGACUCCACCUCCUACCCCGCCACUGCCGCAGACUCUGUCCCGGACCAGUCGUCGACGUCGCACCAGUGGAGUGACGACGCCGUCCCGCCCACGCAGAUGAUCGCCGACCUCACGUCAUCCGCUUCGGCCUCCGACUUCUUCCAGAAGUCCGUGCCCUCCCAGCACUCACUGAGGAUCACCAUGGCAACCGACGAUCCCAUCCUGCCACUCGAGGCCUUCUUCCCCUCGUGGGGUGGAAAGGAAGACAGUAACCGGCGGUAG